AGUCGCGGUUGGUGGGCAGCAGCUGAGCCAAGAUGUUGCGGAAUCUGCUGGCCCUCCGUCAGAUUGCCCAGAGGACCAUCAGCACUACUUCACGGAGAAAUUUUGAAAAUAAAGUUCCAGAGAAACAAAAGCUGUUUCAGGAGGAUAAUGGAAUCCCAGUGCAUCUGAAGGGCGGGGCUGCUGAUGCCCUCCUCUACAGACUCACAAUGGCUCUGACAGUUGGUGGAAUAGCAUACGCCAUCUAUCAGUUAGCCAUGGCUGCAUUUCCCAAGAAGCAGAACUGA